AUGCACGAGCUCCUCCUGUUCGCCUCGGUUCCCGUCCAUCAGCAUCAUGGGCUCCUCCAACAGCUGGCCGGGCUGACGGCCAUGCAGCCUCGCCACGCCCUCGAGCGUCGGCUUAUUUUCAAGGCCUUUCGGAAACCCGGGUUGAUCACCGGCCGUGUGGGCGGCAGCCAAGAUCUGCAGCAGGCCAGCGCGGGCGACCUGCAACGCGUGAACAAGAUGCUCAAUGGUGGCAUGUUCUAUACGCAAGUCGUCGGUCCCGUCUCGGAGAAUGACUUUCCGCCUAAAUCCGUGACCGUGUCUGCGCCGGACGCCGAUGCCCAGAUGGCGGGAAUGGACGAGUCUAAGCCGCCCGUCCCUGCUCAGUCCGACAUUGCCCACGUCUAUGAUUACGACCAGCAGACAUGGAAGCUCGAAUUCCGGGAUAUUCCCGAAGCAGCCACGCGGUCGGCCAUUACCACUCGCGUGAUGGCGAGCGCCGCCCUACCGCGCGGAGAUAUCGAGCCGUCCAUGAAUGCGUGGGGCUACGGUUUCGUGACCGAGUAUCUGGUCGAGGGUGAUGUCUUCAUCCACAAUGACAUUGUCAUCUUCCUGCACCGCGUGUUGCAUUAUCCCACCGGUGAGAAGGAGCCUCGGGAGCCCCGACGGAGUCUCCCUUCCUUGGACACGAUGGCUCCAUUGGAGAAGACCGGUAGCUAUGUCCUCCAGGCAUCUAUCACCGUCCAAGAUGGAAGCAACCAGGAGACUAUGAAGACGGCCUCUCAGCAUUUGCUGGGGCUGCGGGAACAGCUCAAGUCGGCGGUUCGUUUGGAACCAGCAGAUCGUUUGUCACUGGAUACGCGAGCAAAGUAG